GAGAAUACAACGGAACUCUUUCUGCAUUUUCCACAGUGACCCAUCAGGGUAGCAAAGACUGUACAGCUUCCGUUUGUGGAUGCCGACUCCCGGUACGAUGCUCCUCUUGGCUUCUCCUCUUCCUGCAUGCCGUGCUUAAAGUCAGGCCCUUUCUCGCUCCUCGGUCAACAAGUCCUACUCCCGUCCUUCUCUCAUCACCCAAAAAGACUCCCGUCAGACUGUUCACCCAGAAACCGCGACCAUGGUCACCAGUCCCCAAAGUCCCAAGGGCGAAGCAGCUGCUGCUCCAGCCCCGGCCUCGGCCCCGCUCAGUGCCGAAGCGCAAACCGCCGCGGGCAUUCUUCCUGCGUCGCACUGGACAGAGCAAGCGCUCCCGGAAGAGGGCCCGGGCAAUGAUGGCGCCUCGACACUUGGAUCUUUCAUGUCAACCACCGCUUCUCUGGCUUCGAGUAUCUACCAAUACCGCACCGUUCAAGGAAGAACCUAUCAUGGCGAGCUGGGUAAUGCUGAAUCGUGGGAACCGAACGAUCCGCGUCACGUCGAGGCCUUGGAUCUCUUACACCACGCUCUGAUGUUGCAGACAGACGGCAAGCUGUAUCUCGCUCCACUGGAGAAGAAGAAGGUCCAAAAGGUACUCGACAUCGCAACAGGGUCCGGGCUGUGGUCCAUUGAUUUUGCCGACGAGUUCCCGAAUGCCGAAGUUAUUGGUACCGAUGUCACGCCCAUUCAACCUUCCUGGGUGCCGCCGAAUGUCCAAUUUGAAUUGGAGGACUGCAACCAAGAGUGGACAUGGGCCGCGAAUACCUUCGACUUCAUUAAUAUGCGCUUCAUGAAUGGUAUCGUCACCGAUUGGUACGCCCUCUUCCGUAAUGCCUACAGAGUCUGCAAGCCUGGCGGUUGGGUUGAAAGCUCUGGGACUUCUGGAAGGUUCUAUAGUCAUGACGGGACGGUGAAGGAGGGGAGUGCUAUAGACCAAUGGGGCAUAGUCUUCCGGGAGGGCGGUAAAAAGCUCGGAAGGACUUUCACUGUCUAUGAAGAGGACGUUCAGAGGAAGGGUAUGGAAGCUGCGGGAUUCGUCGAUAUCCAAUUCAGGGAUAUCGAAGUCCCUCUGGGUGUCUGGCACCCGGAUAAGAAGGCCGCCGAACGAGGUCUCUGGUGGAAAAUGGCUGUUGAGGCGGAUAUCGAAGGAUACAUCAACUACUUUUGGAAUGCCGCCCUUGGCUGGACCCCCGAGGAGGCCAAGGUGUUCGCCCGUUAUGUCAAGAAGGAAUGGAACGACCCUAACAUUCACGGCUACUUCAUUUUGCGGGUCGCAUGGGGCCGUAAGCCAGAGUGAUUGAAUGGAAGGGGGACUUGGAGGAUGACGGAUGGCAGUUGUCAGUCUCGCAGAUUUUUGUAUAUUCCUCCGGUUUGAAGGGAAAACAUGAGCAUGACAGGCCUGGAUGAACCUAGAAGACGUUUUCACCGUUGUGAUUGACUCUUCAAACACCAUACAUACCAUCACAAUCAGCGCGAUCAUGAACAUGAACGUAAACGCUACUCACUGCCCUAAAGCAAGUGCUUCGUCAUCCUAUUUCAAGCAGCCCGAAAACAUGGUCUGUCUUUCCAAAAGUGAAGGACGAUUUGAUGGAACACUCGAAGCUUUGAGGCUCUAAAUUUGAGUUGAAAUGGCUUGAGAGCAGUGUGGUGUCUGUUCAACAGUACGGUUUGUGUUGCCAAGAGGACGG